UAUCAGAAUCAAGCAUUUUAGAGCAUCUGUCUAUUAUAAUUCGAUUUAUAUGAAAACAAUAAAAUUGGUAUUCUUCAAAACAAUAUGGAUAUUAUUGUUGUUUGUACUUCUAAUUGGAUUGAUAAUAGUGGUAUUGAUAUUGUAUUAUUUCAAGAUCACUAGUAUUAGCGAUUUUCAUCGGAAUAUCGAAAUCGCUUAUAUACGGAAUUUCAGUGAAUAUUUUAUUAAUUCUAAAGAACAGCGAAAAUUAAAUGAUUGGUUUCAUAUUAUAGAUCAUUAUUAUGUAUAUUCAGCUUAUUGGGAAUAUCGAAAACAACCUCCUUGUGUUCGAAUUAUUGCAAUAGGCCCAACAAAGGAAAUAAACCCAUCCACCUUCUUUUGUCUUCUAAAAUAUGGCAAUGGUUCUAUUAAUGCUUCUUAUGUCACUUAUAAAAUGCUCCCUGAGAAUCACGGACGACCACACGUAUCAUUCUUCUUCUAUUGCGAAACAUCCGAGAUUCCCGUAGAAGCGGCAUUAGUACAUUAUAAACAAAAUACCACUCAUUGGAUUAAAGUGGGCCUCACCGAACCUGAAGAUAAUGACAAAAAUUGGAGAAACAAUAUUGUUGUAUGCGUGAAACCCACCUUUGGAGAAUUUCCUAAUAAUAAUCUUCGAAUAGCCGAGUUCGUUGCGUAUUAUCAACUUAUGGGUGCGCAACAUAUUGCAUUUUACGAUUAUAAAGCAAAUAAAUCUGUUAAAGUAUUGAUAAAUGCUUUGAUUGAUGCGGGUGCCCCUAUAAGUUUGUUUCCGUGGACUUUUCCUCGAGAUAUAAAUGAUGCAUGGGAUAAAGCUCAUAUGGCAAACGUUGCCGACUGUAUGUAUCGCUAUGCAAGAACGCAUCAAUAUGUUGUUACUGUAGAUAUAGAUGAAUUUAUUGUUCCUAAGCAGAAUAUUUCGCUAUUGAAAAUAAUAAAUGAACACAAAUUUCCUUGGGGUACUCUCAUGUUUCGCAAUGCAUUUUUUUCAUUAAAUAUUCCAGAUGAUCCAGAAACCGCGAAUGAAACGAUUCCAUUAUUGACAUUAAAGAAAACAGCAUACGUUCAAUUAUGGCCAGCGUAUCAGAGAUCGAAGUGUAUAAUUGUGCCUACUAAAGUUGAAAUUCCAGGAAUUCAUUACACUUGGUCUGCUAUGAAAGGUUGGGGAACGAUUAUUGUGAAUCCGAACUUUGCUAAAAUGCAUCAUUAUCGUAAAUUGGAAACUAAGUUUAAAACUUUUACUCGUGAUCAAACAGCUUGGAGAUAUUCAAAUUCAAUUCUAAAAUCAGAUGCAAUAAAGACUUGGAAACGUUUAUUUGUUUAAAAAUUUCGUAAGUUUUUAAUU